AUGAGUUGGCGGCUUUCCGACUUUGAACGUUGGCGCUAUCCAGAACAAUGUUCGCCACGCCCUACUGAGUACACAGGAAAGGAUCCAUUUUCCAUUUUUAUUUAUUUAUUUAUUUAUUUAUUUGCCCCGUACCUUUGCAAGCGCAGCGAGGCUUGCCCGGGCGGUCGUCCCGAUAAUCGCCAGCUGGUCAACAACAAACUAGUUAUACGGCUGGCAGUUAAAAAAUUUGACUAA